GAUCGGUUUACUGGUAGAAAGAUCUAGAAAUACAUGGAGCUUCAAAAAUCCAACGACCUCUCUCUCUCGAAUUCUGCCGCAAUUUUCGACUUUUGAACGCCAUAUACCCAAUUUUCCUGCGACGAGUCCUCGAGAAAAGUACCACCAGCGACGCAAACAUGGCAGACGAACUAAAGGCCGCCGGUAACAAGGCCAUUGCUGAGAAGAACUUCGACGAGGCUAUGUAAGUGCCAUCCCGCGGCUCUUCCUAUUCUUAUAUUCCUCGAGAGAUAGCCAACAACGUCUCUCCGCACCGUUCGUUGGCGCAUUUGCUGAUUAUCCACAGCGAGAAAUUCACACAAGCGAUCGAGAUCGAGCCCACAAAUCACAUUUUCUAUUCCAACCGUUCUGCUGCCUACGCUUCGAAGAAAGACUACCAGCAUGCCCUUGAAGAUGCCAAUAAAGUCACAGAGAUCAAGCCAGAUUGGGCAAAAGGCUGGGGACGCAAGGGUGCAGCAUCACACGGCUUGGGAGACCUCAUGGGCGCAUACGAAGCAUAUGAGGAGGGGUCGAAGCUGGAUCCGAAUAAUGCAACAAACAAGUCAGGCCUGGCUUCCGUCAAGCGUGCAAUUGAUGCGGAGGCUAAAGCAGGUAUUUGACUCUCUUUUCCCUGGAAAAAAGAAUAGACUAACCAGCCUUCCUAGAUGGUGUCACUGGCGACCCAACAGGCGGACUUGGAGACAUGUUCAACGACCCUCAGCUAUAUCAAAAGCUAGCAGCAAAUCCAAAAACCAGUAAAUUCCUUGCAGAUCCCUCAUUCAUGAUGCAGCUUCAAAAUAUGAAGAACAACCCCGGCAAUGCCCAAGCAAUGUUCUCUGAUCCCCGCAUGAUACAAGUCAUGGGUGUACUUAUGGGUGUGGACAUGGACAUGAUGAGUGGUAUGCCACCAGGAGCUGAGGAAGCUGGUUCUUUUUCGAGAGAAGCAGAGGAGGACGUACCGAUGCCGGACUCUCGACCAGCAGAAGCUCCAAAACAACCUGAACCUGAACCUGAACCUGAACCAGAGGACGAGGAGGCUGCUGAGAAGGCAAAGGCAAAGGCUGCUGCCGAUAACGAGAAGAAGCUUGGUACAGAGCAAUACAAGAAGAGAAACUUUGAUGAGGCCAUUGCGCAUUACCAAAAGGCGUGGGACACGUACAAGGACAUCACCUACCUAAACAACCUUGGUGCUGCAUACUUUGAGAAGGGAGACUACGAGGCAGCUAUCAAGGCAUGCGAGACCGCUGUUGAGGAGGGCCGAGAGAUUUACGCUGAUUUCAAGAUGAUUGCAAAAUCAUAUGCCCGUAUCGGAACAUCAUACGAGAAGCUGGGCGACUUCACAAAGGCUAUUGAGAACUACCAAAAGUCACUCACUGAGCACCGCACUCCUGAAGUUGUCAGCAAGCUCCGUGCUACUGAGAAGAACAAGAUCGAUAGCGCCAAGAAAGCAUACAUUGAUCCCGAAAAGGCAGAGGAAGCCCGUGAGCUUGGUAACGCCAAGUUCAAGGAGGCUGACUGGCCAGCAGCUGUAGCGGCCUACACAGAAAUGACAAAGCGUGCACCCGAGGACCCAAGAGGUUACAGCAAUCGGGCAGCAGCUUUCAUCAAGCUUCUCGAGUUCCCAAGUGCUAUCACAGACUGCGACCUUGCCAUCAAGAAGGACCCUAAAUUCGUCAGAGCAUACAUCCGUAAAGCACAAGCUUACUUUGGUAUGAGAGAGUACUCCAAGUGUUUCGAUGCUUGCACGGAGGCUGCGAAAGCUGAUGUCACCAGAGCCAAUGCUAGAGAGAUUGAGCAACAACAACAAAAGGCAUUGACUCAUAUGACCGCUGCAAGAGAUAACGAGACUGAGGAGCAGACAAGAGAAAGAAUCCAGAAUGACGCAGGGGUAAGCUUACUUCACCAUCCCAAUGUGAUUCAAUGACUAACAAAGUACAGAUCAUGGAAAUCAUGCAAGAUCCGAUCAUGCAGAGUAUCCUCCAGCAAGCACAAAGCAACCCAGCUGCCCUCCAAGAGCACAUGAAGAACAAGGACAUCGAAGCAAAGGUCAAAAAGCUCAUAGCUGCGGGUGUUAUCAAACUUGGUAGAUAAACAGAAAGAAAAGAUGUGACGAAAAAUUCAAGGUUAAGGUAAUUCAUGACUGGCGUAUAACGAAAUAUUGGGAGGGCGAAAUAUGAUGAGAUGAGAUGAAAACUUGGGUUUUACGCUUUUUUGACUUUUUAUUAAGCAAAUGAACGAGCUCUCUUUUCUUUCUUCUCGCACAGAAAAAUCAUCAAAGUGUACUUUAGGUCUUGCUGAGUUUAAUUUUUAGCGUAAUCAUCAAAUGCAUUUGGUUGAGAAUCAGAUGUUGUUUAUUUCUGGACUUUCUCACAUCUCUCUCUGCUAGUCUCAACUUCUCAC